UAAAAUUUGAUGGCAGAUCUAAACGAUAGCUCAGAGUUUAAAAUUAACCUUCUCAGCAUGUCUCAGAAGCAAUCUCCAGCCUCUGGAGAUAUCAAGGCUCAGAUUGAUCAUUACUUCAAAAAGAGAGGAAGUGCAGAAAAAGUUCUUGACUACCAUGACAGCAGUAGUAAGAGAUUACAAGGGAAGAACACUCAGCCACAUUCAGAUAUGAUCUACAAGCUAGCUGAAAAGCAAUCACAGUCAGAGGCGGAUGCGUGCAAGUACGGUUACAUUUCACUUGGCCAAGGCUACCAUUUAUUCAAAUAAGGAAGAAGAGCUUAAUAAAUCUCUGAUUAAAAUAAACUCUAAAUACAAGAGGAAGAACAUUGAUCCGAUGGAAAUUGGCCUCAAGAGAGACAUUGAAUAUGAAAGACGAGUCGAAAUGAGGAAAAAAAACAUCCGUGCUGAGACACCUUGGAUCAAGCGACUUCAGAAAUCCAGUAAAACUAAAGGAUUUGUCAACUUUGAUCAGCAAAUAAAUAGGACUGACUUCGUCGAGCACUCUAAUAAAGUGUAUCCUCGUGCUCAUGAUGAAAGGUUCGUAUACAGAGAGAUACCCCAAAUUUCCACUAAAUUCCGCAGAUCAGGUAAAGCUGUGGUGGAUUACUCCAAACAGCUUCCCAGAAUCUCAAAUUUCUCCUUAACCAGAUCCACUAUUAAACAUAACUUAAGUCGUAAGUCUCCGAAGCAGAAGAAAAAGGGAAGAAAUAGCACCAUAAAUUUUUCCUCAACCGGACUAUGUUGAGACAACAUCGAUCAGCUGCAAAAGUCAUGUUCCAGACUAAAGCUCCUCAACGUAAUUGACAACAAAGCGAAGAUAAGUCUAGAAAGAGAUAGUCCAGAGAGAGCACGCUUGAAUAAAUAAACUGAGUAAUAUCUUUAUUGGACCCAAAGAUAGGUUCUCUACAGUCAUUCCUGAAAAAUCCAGAGGCUAUAUUCAUGAUUAUCAGAAAGAAACCGACCGGUUUCCUCCGGGCGUAAACACUCUGAACCGCAACAGAGAAUCCAAGUGGGAGGUGACCUCUCUAGCAAAAGCAGAGUCCUUGGAUAGGGCUACGAGAGGUCAGAAAUAACAAGAAUUUUAAGAUCUCUAAGGACGCUUUCUUUCAGAAGAAUGAAAGAAGUAGCCUACCUCGGUAUCUUCUCUGAGAUGGCAACCGUAACGAACUAGAUCUCGUAAGCAACGAGAAAUCCUUAAAUAUCAACAAUACUUCUAAUGCUAAAAUUUACAUAAACCCGAUAGGAAGGCCAAAUAAUAAAGAAAGACGGCAAAGGGCUAUUGAAAAGACAGACGUGAGUGCGUUGCUCUUCAAAGAAGGGUACAUCAAGAACUUCAAGGAUGUGAAAUCUCCGGUUAAGGAAUAUAAGAAGAAAGGCAAAAACGUAUUUGAAAAAAUGCUAACAAUGAUGAUCUAGGUUUCAACCCAAA